CAAUGUGACCUGCCUGAAACUUGGGCGCUUCUCCAGUCUGGAUGUUGAUGGCAGGACAAAGGGGCAUCUGGACUAUGGGCGACGUGGUAGAGAAAAGUUUGGAAGAGCCAUUGGCACCUCCUGCAGAUGAACCCUCCCAGAAAAGGGGGGACCUGGUAGAAAUCUUAAAUGGUGAUAAGGCAAAAUUUGACGACACGGGACUGUCCUUAAUUCUGCAGAAUGGCCUGGAGACCCUCCGAGUGGAAAAUGCUCUGACGGAUGUCAUCUUGUGUGUGGACAUUCAGGAAUUCUCCUGCCACCGCGUGGUGCUUGCUGCGGCCAGCAACUAUUUCAGGGCCAUGUUCUGCAAUGACUUAAAGGAAAAGUAUGAGAAGAGGAUCAUUAUCAAAGGAGUCGAUGCUGAGACCAUGCACACUCUCCUGGACUACACCUACACCAGCAAGGCGCUGAUCACCAAGCAGAACGUCCAGCGGGUCCUGGAAGCGGCUAACCUCUUCCAGUUCCUGCGGAUGGUGGAUGCCUGCGCCAGCUUCCUCACCGAAGCCUUGAACCCAGAGAACUGCGUUGGGAUCCUGAGGCUGGCGGACACGCACUCCCUGGACAGUCUAAAGAAGCAGGUUCAAAGUUACAUCAUCCAAAACUUCGUGCAGAUUCUGAACGCCGAGGAGUUCCUUGAGCUCCCCGUGGACACUCUGUACCACAUCUUGAAGAGCGAUGACCUUUAUGUGACGGAGGAGGCUCAGGUGUUUGAGACGGUGAUGAGCUGGGUCCGGCACAAGCAGUCGGAGCGGCUCUGCUUGCUCCCCUACAUCCUGGAGUACGUGCGCCUGCCGCUUCUGGACCCGUGGUACUUUGUGGAGACGGUGGAGGCAGAUCCUCUCAUCAGGCAGUGCCCGGAGGUCUUCCCGCUGCUCCAGGAAGCCAGGAUGUACCACCUUUCUGGCAAUGAGUUCCUGCGGAUGGUGGAUGCCUGCGCCAGCUUCCUCACCGAAGCCUUGAACCCAGAGAACUGCGUUGGGAUCCUGAGGCUGGCGGACACGCACUCCCUGGACAGUCUAAAGAAGCAGGUUCAAAGUUACAUCAUCCAAAACUUCGUGCAGAUUCUGAACGCCGAGGAGUUCCUUGAGCUCCCCGUGGACACUCUGUACCACAUCUUGAAGAGCGAUGACCUUUAUGUGACGGAGGAGGCUCAGGUGUUUGAGACGGUGAUGAGCUGGGUCCGGCACAAGCAGUCGGAGCGGCUCUGCUUGCUCCCCUACAUCCUGGAGUACGUGCGCCUGCCGCUUCUGGACCCGUGGUACUUUGUGGAGACGGUGGAGGCAGAUCCUCUCAUCAGGCAGUGCCCGGAGGUCUUCCCGCUGCUCCAGGAAGCCAGGAUGUACCACCUUUCUGGCAAUGAGAUAAUAUCAGAGCGCACCAAGCCCAGGAUGCAUGAGUUCCAGUCUGAGGUGUUUAUGAUCAUCGGUGGCUGCACGAAGGAUGAACGGUUUGUGGCGGAGGUAACCUGCCUGGACCCCCUGAGGCGCAGCCGCCUGGAGGUGGCCAAGCUCCCGAUGACGGAGCAUGAGCUGGAGAGUGAGAAUAAGAAGUGGGUGGAGUUUGCAUGCGUGACAUUAAAAAAUGAGGUCUACAUCUCAGGUGGCAAAGAAACACAGCAUGAUGUUUGGAAAUAUAAUUCUUCGAUCAACAAAUGGAUCCAAAUAGAGUAUUUGAACAUAGGUCGCUGGAGGCAUAAGAUGGUGGUGUUGGGUGGCAAGGUCUAUGUGAUCGGAGGUUUUGAUGGCUUGCAGAGGAUCAACAACGUGGAGACCUACGACCCCUUCCACAACUGCUGGUCAGAGGCGGCACCCCUCCUCGUCCAUGUCAGUUCCUUCGCAGCCACCAGCCAUAAGAAGAAGCUCUAUGUGAUUGGGGGAGGGCCCAAUGGAAAACUGGCCACGGACAAGACUCAGUGUUACGACCCUUCAACCAACAAGUGGAGUUUAAAGUCGCCCAUGCCAGUGGAGGCUAAAUGCAUCAAUGCAGUGAGUUUCCGGGACCGCAUCUAUGUCGUUGGUGGGGCCAUGAGAGCGCUGUACGCCUACAGCCCCCUGGAGGACACCUGGAGCCUGGUCACCCAGCUCAGCCACGAGAGGGCCAGCUGCGGGAUCGCGCCCUGCAACAACCGGCUCUACAUCACGGGCGGGCGCGACGAGAAGAACGAGGUCAUCGCCACGGUGCUGUGCUGGGACCCGGAGGCCCAGAAACUGACGGAGGAGUGCGUGCUGCCCCGGGGGGUGUCGCACCACGGCAGCGUGACCAUCAGGAAGUCCUACACCCACAUACGGAGGAUCGUGCCCGGCGCCGUGUCGGUCUGACUGCGGGAG